GGGUACCAUAUUGGUACAAAUCUUAUUUAAUGGUUAAAUGAGCAGUGUUACAUUACUUUUUAUUAUUGUAUCUAUUAUAGCUUUAUUAUUUUUAGCUCUUAAUUUUAUUUUAGCUCCUCAUAAUCCUUAUCAAGAAAAAUAUAGUAUAUUUGAAUGUGGUUUCCACAGUUUCCUUGGACAAAAUAGAAGCCAAUUCGGAGUAAAAUUCUUUAUUUUUGCUCUAGUAUAUCUUCUUCUUGACUUAGAAAUAUUACUAAUAUACCCUUAUGGUAUGAGUAUUUAUGAAAAUGGUUUAUAUGGAUUAAUAAUAAUGUUAAUCUUUACAUUCAUUAUUACAGCAGGAUUCGUAUUUGAAUUAGGUAAAAGUGCGUUAAAAAUAGAUAGUAGACAAUCUUAUACUUAUUUCUACAAAUCUCAAAAAUUUAUCAAUACUUUUAUUGAAAAUAAAUAAGGCUUAUUGUCUUAAAAAUAAUUUAUUAGCUUGC